UUUAUUUAUAUUAUAUACAUAAGUAAGGUUAAAAACAAAUCUAUAAUCAAAAUUUGAUUAUAGAGAAUUAUUUAAAGAAAAAGAAGUUAUAUAAACUUUAGAAAAAUGUUAUGUUAUAAUGGAAAACUUAGUUUUUUCUGUUUUAUAUUCGCUGGUUUAAUCGCGAUUUUAUCAGAAAUAUUACUAAGGUUAGAAUUUGAUAUUUUUCGAACAUAUUUCAAUAAUAUUUGGCUUAUGCAUUUAUUUCAAUAUGGAUUCUUAAAUAUAUUUUUACUUCUUGUAUUUUAUGGUUUCUCUUAUCAGGUUGCUGUAAGAGCCGUAUUUUUAGGAUAUGGAUUUGGAAUUGGAAUUAUAUUGUUUUUUGUUGCACCACCUUCAUGGCAGAUGUUUGGAGUAUAUGUUACAGUUCUAGCAACAUUUCAUUAUACAGAAUUUUUAAGUAUUGCUUGGAUAAAUCCAUCUUCACUUUCUAUCGAUAGUUUCAUUUUAAAUCACAGUAUAGCUUAUGGAGUGGCAGCAUGCUGUAGUUGGAUAGAAUUUAUUAUAGAAAGAUUAUAUUUUCCUGGGAUGAAAGAAGCUUCCUUCAUAUCAUACUUUGGAUUAGUACUAUGCAUUUGUGGAGAGUUUUUGAGAAAGCUGGCAAUGUUUACUGCCAAACAUAAUUUCAAUCAUAUUGUGCAAAGUGAAAAAAUGGACAAUCAUGAAUUAAUUACCUAUGGAGUUUAUAAAAUUUGUAGACAUCCUAGUUAUGUAGGCUGGUUUUAUUGGUCUAUAGGAACACAGUUAAUACUUCAGAAUCCAUUUUGUCUCUUUGCAUACACUGUGACAUCUUGGAAAUUCUUCCAUGAUCGUAUUUUAAUUGAAGAAGUCACUCUGCUUAAUUUUUUUGGACAAGAUUAUGUAGAAUACCAAAAAGAAGUUAGUACGGGACUACCUUUUAUAUCUGGUUAUAAAUUGGAUUUAUAGCAGCCAAUAUAUGUUUGAAAUAUUGUGAUUGUUUUAAUUUCUCAGGAAUAAUCAUAUCAUUAUUUAUAUUAA